UAUACUUUUGCCACUAGUGAUUCAACAUUGAUUUUGUCCUGUUCAUAAAUUUUCAACUAAAUUCCCUGUUCCUUUUCUUGCUUCUACUCACCCCUAAGACCAUUAGUUUAUACCAAGUCCAAGUUUUAUAUUAAUUUGCUGGGGAAGAAUAAGGCCAAGGUACCAACCAUAUUGACCAAUUCUUUGUCAAGUUCUUUCCUUGUAUUGGGAACAAAAUGAACCAGGAAAUGAAUGGGGUUGAUGCUGAGAAAAUAGAUUAUGAUGUUCAGGAGAAAACCGAUUAUGUGUUCAAGGUGGUGGUCAUAGGGGACUCAGCAGUUGGAAAGACUCAAAUUCUCUCGAGGUUUGCAAAGAAUGAGUUCUGCUUUGACUCAAAGUCCACCAUUGGAGUUGAAUUUCAGACUAGGACUGUCACUAUUAAUGGCAAAGUCAUCAAGGCUCAGAUCUGGGACACUGCUGGCCAAGAAAGGUACAGAGCUGUAACAAGUGCAUACUACAGAGGUGCAUUAGGGGCCAUGCUGGUGUACGACAUAACCAAAAGACAAUCGUUUGAUCAUGUUGCUAGGUGGGUUGAGGAACUGCGUGCACACGCAGAUAGCUCCAUUGUGAUCAUGUUGGUUGGGAACAAAGCUGAUCUUGUGGACCUGAGAAUGGUGCUAACUGAAGAUGCAGUGGAGUUUGCUGAGGACCAGGGCCUAUUCUUCUCUGAGACUUCAGCUCUCAGUGGUGACAACGUGGAGAGUGCAUUUCUCAAGUUGCUAGAAGAGAUCAACAGGGUAGUGUCCAAAAAAGCUUUGGAAUGUGGUAAUGGGAAGGAGAAUGGUGACAAUAAUGUUACCUCACUCAAAGGAACAAAGGUUGAUGUACUCUUGGGUACUGAAUUGGAAAUCAGUGAGAUGAAGAAAUUGUCUUCGUGCUCUUGUUAAUAUUGGUGUUAAGAUCUAAGUUAAUGUAUUGGUUUUUGAUUAAAGGGGAGAGUGAAAAGUAUAUACAUGCAUAUCAUGCUUCAUGGUGGAUGAAGCUAAAUUGAUUUCAUCUGGUGUUGCUUUCCAUUAUAAGAGUCGAAGAUUAAGUAAUAGAUAGUAUCAUGUUUCGCUAUGAUUAUGACUUACUAGUGUACUGAUAGCCAUUCGGAACAUUUGCUCAAUCAUAAACAUAGUUCUGGUUUUGGCAUUUAUUUUCAA